UGUGAUAGGAAGCUGCAGCUGAAAUUGCUUGAUGGGCGCGAUGAAAAUCUUGAAAGAGUGGUGGAAAUGUGCAAAACAUUUGAAUCAGUAAACGCGAAUAAAGACAUUUUGGCAUCAAAGCAAUCAAUUUCAGCAGUAGCAUCAAUAGCAAGCAAAGAAAAGGACGAAGUAAACGCAAUAAACGUAACAAAUCGGCGUUUUUGUUUUAAUUGUGGUGGUGACUGGAAUUCGGAUCACAAGAGCAAAUGUCCAGCAAGAGAAUUCAUGUGUUCAUGCGGGAAGAAAGGUCAUUUUCGUCGAAUGUGUCGUAAAAAGGCAAACAAAUCGGAAGCAGGUAAACAGGAAUCAAAACCAAAUGGAAGGCAACGGGUCGAUACUGUUCGCUGGGACGAAUUGUCAGAGUAAACUCAGUGGGAAAACAUGUAAAACGCUGGACGAAAGCCUACCUAGUAGGAAAUAGGGAAGUUGAAUUCAAAAUUGAUACGGGAGCGGACGUUAACUGCAUUCCAUUAAAAAUAGUUAAAGCAAUGAAUUUAAAAAUGAGCACUGAACGAAAAGACUUGUGUGUAUUUGAUUACAGCAAUAAACAAAUCAGAAUUUAUGGUAUUGUUAAAAUUGAACUAUUUGAUUUAAAAGAUCUCAGAGAAAAGGUAGAAUUUAUAGUUGUUGAUGAUUCAUUUGAACCGAUACUUGGGCUUGAGACAUGCAUUAGGUUAGAAUUGAUUAGAAGAGUGGAUGUUGACUCAGUGAGGCUUCCAAAUGAACAAGAUAAGUUUGUAAAUGAGAACAGUGAUGUAUUCACUGGGCUUGGAAAAAUACCAGGGAAAAUUACUUUAUAUUUGGAUGAAAAUGCAAAGCCGGUUGUGCAUUAUAGAAAGCGCUUUCCGGAUUCAAUAGUUAAAAA